AUGGACACGCCUCCCCCGCAGAUCAUAGGCCGACGACGACGACGACCAUCUGCAGAAUCUCAGCCAGAAGACGGGGCCCGUGUUGCCGUUCCUGCUGCGGACGCUGUGUCUGCCGCUGCAGACACAACUACCGGAAGGCAAUCAAAAAGAAGGCGGCGCGGCGGCGCAAUCAUGUCAUCAGACGGGGACAUGGCCGGGGCGUUUAACGGAUCCGGAGCGACGCAGUCAAACGGCUCUUUCGCCGCAUCUACGGCACAUCGAGAUGUAGCAUCCUCAAUCUCCGCCAACGGCAACCGUAAGGCGAAUGUUGUGACAAACGGAUCGUCGAAUGGCGAGAAACGAUCGGCCUCGCACCCUCUUACGUAUUUCGGACACAAUCGAGAGGAAGUCACGCGAAUAUUGAUUCAGGCUCUGACAGACAUGGGCUAUCAGGCGGCAGCCGACAGUGUUGGGCAAGAGAGCGGCUACAGCUUAGAGAAUCCCACCGUCGCGGCGUUCAGAUCGGCUGUGCUUGCUGGCUCCUGGGCAGAGGCCGAAGACCUAUUAAACGGCGCAACGGCGCCAGAUGAAGAAGGCGAGGGAGGAAACGGCCUUGUUCUCACAGCUGGCUCGGACAAGGAUAUAAUGAGAUUCUGGCUGCGGCAGCAGAAGUUCCUGGAGCUACUCGAGCGUGGAGAAACAUCUCGAGCCUUGACAAUACUUCGCAUGGACUUGACGCCCCUCUAUCAAGAUCCGGCCAAACUUCGACUCCUAUCAAGCUUGCUGAUGUGCAGUUCUCCGGGAGAAGUGAUGCAAAAGGCCAACUGGGAUGGCGCCAACGGGCAGUCUCGAAGAAAACUGCUAUCGGAAUUAUCUAAACGCAUAUCACCAUCGGUUAUGCUCCCAGAGAACCGCCUAGCUGUACUUCUUCAGCACGUCAAGCAAAGUCAGAUCGAUACGUGCCUCUACCACACCGCAGCGUCGUCUCCUUCACUGUAUUCCGACCAUCUUUGUGACCGACGGAACUUUCCCUCCGAGGUCGCGCUCGAACUAGGCGACUUUGGAGGAGAAAUCUGGUCUGUCCGAUUUUCUCACGACGGUACUCGCUUAGCUGCCUGUGGUAGUCGAGAGCACGUCAAGAUAUGGGAUACACACACAUUCUCCAUCGUUAAUAUUCUCACAACUGGUGAGCAUACAGACGACAGAAGUAAAGGCAUUUGUGAUAUCUCUUGGAGUCCCGACGACUCCAUGAUUAUGGUCUGCUCUUUUGAUAAACAUGCUCGACUGUGGGAUCCAAAUACUAGCACCCUCAUCAAAGAUUUCAAAAAGUUCGAUGAGCCGGUAAGCGGCUGUGUAUGGGCGCCAGACGGUAGAUCAUUUGUCUUGGGUACCUUGGAUAAACUUCACGGCCUGUGUACCUUCAACGUAUACGACGAUGAGAUGAUCGAAUGGGACAAGAAGCAUAGGGUACAGGACCUUUGUGGAUCUCCCGAUGGGCGCUUGUUGGUGGUAGUAGAUGACUUACAACACAUACACGUCUACGAUGCCAUUACGCGAGAGCUAGAAUACGAUUUAGAACUAAAGACCAGGCCAACGUCGGUCAGCAUCAGUCAGGACUCUCGGCAUCUGUUGGUCAAUAAGAAGGACGGCGAGGCUCAACUCAUCGACCUCACCACCAGGAAUUCCGUUCAGAAGUUUUUGGGGCACACUGGGGGCGAUUAUCUUAUCCGAGCUGCAUUUGGCGGCGCAAGCGAGAGCUUUGUUAUGAGUGGAAGCGAAGACGGAAACAUUCUCAUCUGGCACAAGAACAUUGGGGCCGCCGUCGAGAGGCUGCCCGGCCACCAGCCGCGGUGCAAUGCGGUAGUUUGGAAUCCCACAGAUCCGUGCAUGCUAGCAUCGUGUGGAGAUGACGGCCGUAUCAAAAUUUGGACCAGCAAAGCGCGGAGCGUGGAGCUUCGGGCAAGACAUCCUAGGGGAGGCUCUAACGGAUGGAGGAAUGCGAUUGACGAGUCGUAGGCCGGGAGGCAAACGCUGCGUCCUCCACUCCUACCAAACAAACCCAUUCCCGAACCUCCACCAACACCGCGGCCCGCAACGGCUGUUUUGGGGCCAGAGGUAGGAGAGGGAUCAAGAAUUGUAACAUUACGACCAGAGCGGCCAGCGCGACCAGUGGACAUGACGCGAUUAGUAGAGACAGCAAGGUCUAUUGAACUCUUGUUGUUUCAUUUUCGUCCACGCAGACAUCCCUCAGACUCACCUGGAAUGCACUGAUGUCGACGGUGGAAGUGGCAGGCCCCUGCGCGAACUGCCUUGAAGUAUCAUGAGUUAAAGGGAACAAUGGAUGAGGGGAAAGUAGGGAGCGAUACAGUGCUAUCAUUGAAGCGUCAUGCCCUUGUCAACGUUGAGAGAUGGUGCUAUUUAGACUCAAGUUGCCUCAAGCUCUCGUGUCUUUACCAUACACUUUCGCAUGGGUGUUUAUUCAUUUGUUUAUCUUUAUGCCCUCUCCUUUCUCUCACUAUCAAGCUACUGGGGUGUCCAACGGGAGGCGUUCAAAGAGGUAGCGGUUGGUGUAUAGUGGCUUUUGAUGCCAUGAGCGAUUAAUGUUAGGUAUGUGUAGAAGAAUGGCUUUUGUUUACAUCACACACACUCAAUAAACAAAUCUACACUCUAA